UGGGUCCAGCAUCUUCUUUACCUAAAACCUCGCAAAGCGGGCGCUUCGUUCAACCGCCAUUUUCUUGACGCGACGAACCUUCGCAACAUCAUCAUCGUCGUCGUCAUCAUUCCUCGAAGUCGAACCGCCAUCGACCAAAAUCCCCGUCGAAUCUCGCCCCUCGAGCUGCGUCCCCGGGAAACCCCCUCUCGACACGCCACCGUCCUCCCUCCUUUCGAUAUUCCGCCCGCUUCUCUCUCUCUCUCUCUGGUUUCGGUCCGCGAGAUCGGGAACCGGACGCCGAUCUCCCUGCCCUGCCGCAUCUCCCGCGUGUAUGACGAUCCCGAGGGUCUCUGCCGCGCCUCUCUUCUGUUGGGUCUUCCUCGGCUUCUUUCCAGGAUACUUGUCCGCGGCGGUUGUUUCGCUCGAUUCUAUCGAGAUAUAUAGGACCCAUGAGUGGUUCAAAGCUAAGCCGACGGUUUAUUUCAGGUGUAAGGGGGAGAACAAGGCUGUGUUGCCGGAUGUGAAGGAAGCAAAUGUCUCCUACUCAUUUAAAGGUCAAGAAUCUUGGCAGCCUCUUACAAAUUUUUCAAAUGAAAAAUGCAAGCGAUGUGGGUUUUAUGAGGAGGACAUUCUAGAAUCAGAUGAUACAUUUGAAGAAUGGGAGUUCUGUCCUUCAGAUUUUAGCUCUUCAGAUGGAAGAUAUACCAGAAUCAAGGAUAAGGAGUUUACUGCUACUUUUCUAUGUCCACAGUGUGUACCUCUUACAGCUGAUACCAAUUCAGCUACUGCUGCUCAUAAAAAAGGGAAAGGAAUGCAUGUUGCUCUUGUCAUAAUGAUUAGCAUUCUAGUUUCGACUGUUCUGCUCAUCGGGUCGGUAGCAGCUUACAAGUAUUGGCAGAAAAAGAAGAGGGAGCAGGAGCAGGCCAGAUUUCUGAAGCUAUUUGAAGAUGGUGAUGACAUUGAGGAUGAGCUAGGACUGGGUACUGUGAUAUGACUUUAGUAUUCUGGUUCAUAACCUUAUUGUACAGCUCGUUCUUAAUGGCGAAAAUUUUUGCUUGUGAAGUUGGACCUGAAAUAGAGUACAGUACGAAACACACUCUGUAUAUUUGUGCACUGUUUUGACAAUUGCUGAAGGCAGCGGGUGUAACUUCGGUGCAUAUGUAUGUACAAGAAAAGCAGUUGGCUUGGGGAAAUAAAGAUUGCCAUUCCUUGGCAUUUAGAAA